GAUCAUGGCUUUGGUGACACUACAGCGGUCUCCGACCCCGAGCACCGCCAGCGCCAGCACCGCCAAGGACGAGACGGAUUUUGGAAGUGAUGAUGAUAGACGGCUGAAUCAGAGUCUGAGUGAAAGUUUUUUCAUGGUGAAGGGGGCGGCACUGUUCCUGCAGCAGGGCAGCAGCACACAGGGUCAGAAAACUCACCCCCAUCACAAACAUGCAGGAGAUUUACCUCAGCACCUCCAGGUGAUGAUCAACAUUCUACGCUCGGAGGAUCGGAUUAAACUGGCGGUGAGUUUGGAGAGCGCUUGGUCGGACCGGGUCAGAUACAUGGUGGUGGUCUACACUAGUGGGCGGCAGGAUACGGAGGAGAACAUUCUGCUAGGGAUGGACUUCAGCAACAAAGACAGAAGCUGCUCUAUAGGGAUGGUGCUGCCCUUGUGGAGUGAUACGAAGAUCCAUUUGGAUGGAGACGGGGGUUUCAGCGUGAACACCGCUGGCCGCACGCACAUCUUCAAACCCGUCUCGGUUCAGGCCAUGUGGUCAGCGCUGCAGGUCCUGCACAAGGCGUGCGAGGUGUCGAGGCGGUACAACUACUUCCCCGGUGGGAUGGCGCUCACCUGGACGGGGUACUACGAGAGCUGCAUCUCCUCGGAUCAAAGCUGCAUCAACGAGUGGAACGCCAUGCAAGACCUGGAGACCCUACGUGCCGACUCCCCUGCCAUGUUCGGGGACAAACCGACGGAGAGGGAGCGAACCGAAUGCCUCAUCAAAGCCAAACUCAGGAGCAUCAUGAUGCUGCGAGACCUGGAGAAUGUAACGUCCAAAGAGAUCCGUAACGAGCUGGAGCAGCACAUGAACUGCAACCUGAAGGAGUACAAGGAGUUCAUAGAUAACGAGAUGCUGCUGAUCCUGGGUCAGAUGGAUAAAGCUACGCUCAUAUUCGACCAUCUCUACCUGGGUUCUGAAUGGAACGCUUCCAACCUAGAGGAGCUACAGGAGAGCGGAGUGGGCUACAUCCUAAAUGUCACACGCGAGAUCGACAACUUCUUCCCGGGGACGUUUUGCUACCACAACGUGCGCGUGUAUGACGAGGAGGCCACAGACCUGCUGGCGUACUGGAACGAGACGUACAACUUCAUCGUUAAAGCCAAGAAGAACCAGUCUAAAUGUCUGGUCCACUGUAAGAUGGGCGUGAGCCGCUCGGCGUCCACGGUCAUCGCCUACGCCAUGAAGGAGUACGACUGGUCCCUGGACAAGGCGCUCAACUUCGUCAAACAGAAACGCAGCAUCACGCGGCCCAACGACAGCUUCAUGAGACAGCUGGCCGAAUACGAGGGCAUUCUGGACGCUAGUAAACAGCGCCACAAUCGUCUCUGGCGCCCAGACUCCGAAUGCGACCACCCUGACUGCCAGCGAGCGCCGAGCUGCAACGCCGACUCUUGCUGUGAUUCCACCACCCACUCCUCCCCUCUCGGAUUGGAACUCGACCCCUCUGACCCCCAAAGCCACAACUACUACUUCCGGCGACUGUCGGACUCGGCGCUGGACAGCGAGCCGUCCACGCCGGUUCACCCCCCGCCGCCGCUGCUCGACGUGGACCGCGUCUUCAUUGAGAUCGAGGACGUGGAGCGCGACGCCCUUCUGGACGACGGGGCGUCCGGGGCGCCUGGUUUCACCGCGCCCGCCGGAGAGGGCACGGCGGCUCAGACGUGCACCAGGGGGCCGGAGUCGGUGGAGGAGCUACGUCUGCGUCUGGAGUUCAACACGGUGGAGGAGGAGGACGAGGAGGAGGCAAAGAAGGAGCAGGAGGAGAUGCAGGCACUGGCAAACGGGGCGAGGAGAGGAGGAGGAGGAACCAUGAAUCACCUGUGCAAUGAAAACUCUAAUAACAACAACCACCUCCGAGCACAGAGCAGCAUCACUGACGCCGUCCUCAAGAAGCAGACGAAUAAACCCAAAUCACCGCCCUGCUCUCUCCAAACUCCCAAGUCUUGCUCUGUCUCCUCCAGCGGACAAGAACUUGCACCCUUGUCUCUCUGUAACGUGGCUGGUACCUCGUCUGAGGCGUCUGCGUCCGGUCGGCUCGGGUCCUGCGGGCCACAUUGUACCUGCGGUCAGUGCAUCAAGGCGCCGGACAAGCCUGAGAGCCAGCUGCUAAAACUGGACCUUCAGCAUAUAAAGGACAGAAUUGUGAAGGGUGAAGAAACAAGCCGAGAGCGGGCGGGGCAGAGGUCUCCGGGCGCUCCUAGAGACGGAGGUUUGAUUCCAGGGUCGCAGCAGCAGCAGGAGACGUUAGAGCAGCUAAAAAGGUCCGGUUUGGUCCGGCGGCGGACUGAGCGGCUGGAGAAACUUUCGGGUUUGUUUCAGGAGCGGGCGCGGCCCCGCGAGCACCCCGGGACCGCCGCGCAAGACUCGGCGGAGACGCCCGAGCGUCCCUCUGCGUCUGUCAACCCUCACUCCGGGUUGGGCAUCACGCCCUCUGACUUUUGGACCUCGGUGCCGCCCGCGUUCGAAGGCUCGGGGCUCCUGACGCCGGUCUCGUCCCCGCACGGCUCCACGCUGACGCGCAGCUCGAGCAGCGACAGCAUCCGCAGCGUCCGAGGCAAACCGGGCCUGGUGCGCCAGCGGGCUCAGGAGAUAGAAACCAGGAUGCGCCUGGCGGGUCUCACGGUGCCGUCCUGCCUCAAGCGCUCCAACUCGUUAGCCAAGCUCGCCAGCCUCACGUUCUCCUCGGAGGACCUUUGCUCUUCGGCGUGCUCCUCGGACGCCGGGACCCUCCUGUUACUCACGCUGUCCCCGGAGCCGGAAGGUACGAUGAGCCCGAGCUGGGACGGCGCCAAUCGAUGCUCCGCCACCGCGGCCAUGGAUCUCCACAGUCCAGACAGAACAGGGUCCAGAAGUUGACGCUUGAGAUGAUAUUUUGGAGACACCCAGCGGUUCCUCGCCCUGGUUAAUCAGGAGGAUUCGUGACUUGGGACUCUCUUUUUGGGAAUGAAAGACUUUGGAGUGAAGGUUUCCUUCCCAAAAUGUUUUUAGCUUUAUUGAACGGACGGAGGGCGACCUUGAUGAGGUUCUUGCGAGGUCUGUGGAUUAGUGGUGCUCCACCUUACAGGGUUUGCGACACAUAUGAAGGCUGCCUUCAUACAGACCUUUUCCUUUAAUUUGUUUCUCGAAACAUCAUCCUGAGCUGUGAACACACACUAUAUGGACAAAAGUAUUGGGACACCCCUUCUAAUUAUUGAAUUCUUUCAUUUCGUGCCCAUAUAAAGACUCCAAAGCUCCAGUGUCCUGACCUCAGUCCCACUGAAGCAACUGAGGCUUUAUUGACCAACAUCAGCCCAGCCAUAUGAAUGCCAAAUAUAAACAAGGUCACUCUGCUUUAAUAAGCUCCCAGUGUCCAAACACUUUUAGCCAAUAUCGUGUACCUGUACUGUAUUCCAUUAUGGAAAACAAGGGGAUCCAAAUAUUUUGGGACGCCUCUUGUGGUCCGAAGGCUUUCAAAGGCACAAACUCUGAGUGCUCUCGGGUUGAACCUUUAGGAAACCAUCGCUUGGCUGCCAUAUCCAUCACCCAUCUACAUAUGAACCCCUUCGAGGUGGUACGUCUGCACGAGCUGCUGGAGAUAUUUUUGCUGUAUCUUGAUCUGCACCCAGUGGUCCGCUGAUCCAUUUCAUCCCACGGCAACCAAGAACAUCAAUUCAAUCCAUUCGGGACCUUCCUGAGCGGUCAGGAGUGGCGCCUUUGACUUUUUUUGCCCCGGUUCUUUGCAGUUCUGGUGCUGGUGAGCACAUUCGAGGCACUUUUGACCAAAUUAGGAUGUUCUUAGGAUCACAACCUUCACCUUUUCAAACAUGUGACCCAAAGACUUGACUGUGAUUCUUAGUUGGUCAUGACCAAGAACUUGCUGUUUCCUCUCCUAUGAAGCUUGAAACAUCAACAAUGGUCAGGUUCACUCGCUCGGUUGGCUGGAUGUUCCAGUUACCCGCUCACACAGGGCAGUUGUAGCCUAGUGGUUAAGGUACUGGACUAGUAAUCGAAAGCUCGCAUAUUCAAGCCCCAUUACUGCCAGGUUGCCCCUGUUGGACCCUUGAGCAAGGCCCUUAAGUCUCAAUUGCUUAGACUGUAUACUGUCACCGUACUGUAAGUCGCUAAAUUCGAAUCUCAGCUCUGUUACCGGUCGGUGCCCCCUAGUGGGCAGUGCAGAAGAUAAAAUCAGCCACUAGUCUGCUGGCUGGGAAAAGACCGUGGUCUUCGAUGCUGUAUAAGGACCCCGAACCUACUGUUCCUGUGAAGAGUCAUGCGCGAGCCUGACCACCGGUCUAUCCUACUCGGAUGCAAUCAAGGUGCCCAGCCGGAAGACUAAUUGGCUAGGACAGGGGGGAACUGGGACGCCACUUUAUCCAAAUCUGCGGUGCUAUCGACCCGGCCGGGCGUCUGACCUGAUACCAAUGGCUAAGAUUUCGGAACGGGUCGGGCGAAUGCCAAGUGGACU